AUGGCCUCUGUGAAGACUUGCGAAACGAGUCCCCUAAAAGGGGUUUUUUCGUCACCCUCUAUGAUGCUUCCUCGGGAAGAUGAGGGGCAGGCUGCCGCUUCCCCUUAUGGUCGCAUCAGCAACACGGAUACCGAUGGUAACGGUUGCUACCUCGUAACAUUGGGCCUAUGCGCGCAUGUGCAUGCAAAAAAUGCCCAAGCAGCGGCGGCUGCUGCAGCCGACGCUGCAGCAGGUGCAGCGGCAGAGUCUGGCCGCUCAGAAUCAGCGAAAAUAGGGUCGUUGUACAUCAGCUCUGUUCCAGCGCAGCACCCUCAGCAGGCAGAUUACCACCAUGAGCAGCAGUUGAAGAGGCGGCACCAGGAAUUCAGCCCCACGCUGCAGCUCAUGCAUCGGCAUGAACAACAGGUACAGCAAAAGUCGCAGCAGCAGCCGUCCUACUGCUCCAUCCGCGUUGAGAACCCCCAUGCGUAUGGCAACGACUCAGCUGCUACAGAGGCAGUUAUUAGUGCUGUCGCCAGGGCAGCGGCUGCAGAAAUUUCCAUGGCUGCAGAAGCUUCGGAAGUGUCAUCCCUUUGUGGAGAUCUCCCCGUCAGCCCGGAGGGUCCGCCUGAAGCCACUGCGGCUCAUGGAAUUGUUGGCGUAAAUAUGCCCGACCUAAAGAAUAUACCAAUGGCCAUUAGAGUGCCUCCUUACAGAGAGCAUUUGGUUUAUGAGUUGAAGCAACUGCGGCGAUUUUGGAGGAUUGACCUGCAUCAGCGAGACUGGAGGCAAGUAUUUGUUUCUUCGUAUUUUCCCAAUGUGAUAGAUCCCCUGCUCCUGACCAUUCUCCGGUUCUUGUUUUGCUGUUGCGUCCUCGUGCUGGAGUGCUUCGCCUCUAUCCAGGGGUAUGCGGAAGUGGGCAAGGCGCAGAUGCUCUAUUUCACGAACUGGAAUAGUCUGUUGGUGGCCGCUGGGUUUCUCUCUCUGACGAUCACUUCAAUUACCGCAUGCAAGAGCUUUGCCGCUCCGCUUCAACACGUUGCUACGCAAGAAGACGACCAGCAACAGCACCAUCAGGGACUGCAGCCGCAGAGCGAACUUCUCAUGAAUCCCGUUGAUGAACCUCCACGAGUGUACCCGAGGCAGCAGCCACAGAAGCACACAGAGCGAUUCAGCGCCUCUCGAGAAAACAGCAGCUGCAGCCUCGGAUUUUCUGCCUUGGAGUUUGUCGCUGUCGACGGCCGCCAUCCCCGACCAACCUACAGCUCCAACAAAUCCGCGUUGCUCCCCUGGCUCGUGCAGCAACGUCAGCAGCUCCUUAGGCAGAAGCAGCCGCCACGAGACACUCGCGCUGUCUGUCUUGUGCUUCCAGGAUACAGGGAUCUAAUGGCCGAUAGCCGCUACUGCGUGGAGGGGAUCUUGCUCGCUCCGAAUCCCAGCAAUAUGGGCAAGCUGGUUCAGGAUAGCGUAGCUAAGGAGGGCUGCGACUCAAUGUGCUGCUUGAAGGCCAAGAAGUCCAUAAGGAGCUAUCCUGCGAGUCCAGCCCAGCCAGCCAUCAUGAACGCAGCACCCUCACAAGCUGUCACAGCUUGCCACUCGAGCGCAGCAGAUAGCGAUCCUACCUGUCGGACAGGCAGUCGUUGCGCAGUGGACCUCUCGACGGACGUAAACGGAAUAGCACGAAAAAUCGCAGGAACAACAAUUUCGGAAAUUCCUUGGUUCGUAAAGCUGACGUGGAUAAUUCAUAACUUGCAACUUGUGGCCUCCUUGGGCGUCUUUGCGGUCUACUUUUCGCUCUUUAAGGCGGAGGACGUCGCGUUCCCGGGCUCAUGGGUGACUGUGUGGAAACACGCGGUGCUGGUCUUUUUAACGCUCCUGCAUGCGUCUCUCCUCUCUCGAAUCCCCUGUCCCUUGAGGCACAUGGGCUUCACCCUUAUCCUGUUCCUUUUGUACUUCAUAGUGCAGCUCUGUGUCUUCUUCUUCGACGUGCCCAAUGGCCAAGGCGGAUCGGGCUACGUGUACAAGGUGUUCUGCCUCUCAGAACCAUCGAAAGCCGUCUUCGUACUCUCUGGGAUUUUGUUGUGCUGCGCUCUCUUGCAUAUAUUUCUGUUUUCUAUAUCGCGAAAACGCUGCCUCUAUGUAGACCCUCCGCCCUCGGUGUCCGUUACGGCGCUACAGCUCAAGCGCAGCAUUCGGUAUGCCGCUGCCGCUGCUGCCGCGGCAGCAGCGGCAGAGCAAAUGGUGGAAGAGUCCUCCUCAUCAGCAGCAGCUGCAGCAGCUCAAGAGCUCACGCCCAAAGACAGCCGCGUGUGUCUAGACUUGCGGCCUCCCCAGUGCUACAGCGAGGAGGCAUCCACAGGGCAUCCAGAUGGGCGACAUAGCGGCAGCACCACUCGACGGGAUGACGUUCAGUCGGGGCGCACGGAGGUUACUGCUAGGAAUGUUACCGGCACAGGGUUAUUUCCUUGUGUGCAGUCCUUGCGUCACCAUGCAAAGGCUCAGCACCGCAAACGUCGGCAGAACCCCGGCACGGUGGCACUUCCUUGGAAGUGUAAUGCGCAGGAUUGCCUCCGUAAUGCCGUGGAGCCAGCAAACACACCAAGUCCCCUCGCGUUCUUCAGAUAG